AUGUCGGUCUAUUCCGAGGCGGAAGAGCACGACCCUCAGGCGGAUGAGCUCCGUGAGACGGCGCUCGUCACGCUGGAGGCCCUGAUUAGCUCGUGCAACCAGCAGAUGCAGCCGUACAUCACCAACGCCUGCCAAGCUGCCCUCCGAUUCCUAAAAUACGAUCCCAAUGUCGCCGAAAUGGAAGAUGAUGAGGAGAUGGGCGGAACCCAGGAUGAUGGCAGUGAAGACGAUGCCACCGCUGACCUGGAUGACGACGAGUUUGGGGACUUUGAAGAGGAAGACGGAUACAGUGACAUUGAUGAUAUGAGCUGGAAAGUUCGACGUUGUGCUGCCAAGCUACUCUAUUCCCUAAUCUCAACCUAUGGCCGCAGCCGUGCCCUGGACGAUGUCACCCUCUACCAGCAGAUCGCACCCUCCUUGAUUUCUCGGAUCGGCCGUGAACGGGAGGAAAGCGUGAAGAUGGAAGUGAUUUCAACCUUGACGGCUCUGGUACACAAGACAAGUGAAGGCUCCGUCAUUGUCACCUCGAAUGGUUUCCUGGAGACCGUGGGUGGCUCGAAGAACUCCCGCAAGCGCAGACGUCAAGACAGUGAUGCCAGCAUGGUCGACUUUGAACCCAGUGCCGGGACCUCCUCCGCUAUCGAUUCGCCCGUCGUUCCCUCCUCUCCCAAGUCGGGUCCUCAGGCCGAUCUCGCCCGUUCCGUGCCCUUGAUUGUUCAGAGCUUGGUGAAGGCCUGGAAACAGGCCUCCAUGCCCUUGCGGCAGGCUGCCGUGGUACUUCUAAAGAGCCUCUCCUUGGUUCGCUACGGUGGACUGGCCGAUCAUCUUCAGCAGAUUGAGUAUCUUAUUGCCGACGCCCUCAAGACUUCCUCCCUAGCCGGUAGCUCGGCUGCUCAUUCGGGUGCCGCUGUCAGCGCUGGCUCCCUUCAGAUCGAGACUCUUGGCCUUAUCUCUGCCAUCGCCGAGACUCACUUGUCCGAUGCCCUACUCCCUUUCCUCAUUGCUCUGGUCCCGGGAGUCGUCGGAGCCGUCAAUGAACGCAAUUACAAGGUCAGCAGUGAGGCCCUUGGAGCCGUGGAGCAGAUUGUGAAGGCCCUGACCCCGCCUCGUGCAUCUGCAAAUACCCCCGAGGUUGCCAAGCAACUGGAGAAGCUUUACGAGGUUGUUCUCGCCCGGAUUACCGAUACUAGCGCCGACCUGGAAGUUCGCCAGCGAGCCAUUCAUGUGUUUGGUGUGAUCCUGGCUUUGACAUCGGGCGAACGGGGUACCGAGUACCUGUCUGCGGAUCACAGAGCCAAGGGUCUCUCCAUUUUGGUGGACCGUGUCAAGAAUGAGACCACCCGCCUGGCUGCUGUGCGCGCCAUUGACGACGUUGUCGUUCUCGCCACCCGUUCCGAGGACGUCAGUGCGGAUUGGGUCAACGAGAUUAUCCUCGAGCUUGGAUCCAAUCUUAGGAAGUCGGAUCGUGCUUUGCGAGGAUCAUGCCUGGAGGCUCUUCGCAGUGUUGCCAUGAACUCCAGCAUCCGAUCACAGCUGAGCCCCACUACCAUGACCAAACUGGAGGGCUCUCUUCUUCCACUGUUGUCCGCUCCUGAUUUCCAUCUUCUAACGCCGACCUUGAUCAUUGUCGCCAAGCUCGUCCCCGGAAACUCGAAGUCGCUUGUUAACGAGGCCCUGAUCCUCUCAAUUUGCUCCAUCGUCAAGCAACCGCUUGUCGGUACCGUCCUGAAGGCCCUCCUCCUCUUGGUGAAGGUUAUUGGUGAUGAAGGUGCGGGUGCUCAAUUGAUGCAGAAUCUUUUGCAAAAUGUCGGUAUUACUGGAGACUCCUCCGUCGUCGGUCGGGCUAUCGGCACUCUUCUGGUACACGGUGGACCAAACCUUGGUGUUACCAUGAACGACUUCUCGAAUGAACUGAGUACUGCCAAGGAUGACAGCCGCAAGUGCCUUGCCCUUGCAAUUCUGGGUGAGAUUGGAUUGCGCAUGGGCGCCGAGUGUGCGCUGACUCCUGAAAUUUUCAUUGCACACUUCGAUUCCAAUUCAGACCAUGUACGUCUGGCUGCGGCUACUGCUCUUGGUAAUGCAGCGGCGGGAAGUGUCAAGAGCUACCUCCCUGUUAUCCUCAAUGGUCUCGACAAAUCUAAUUCACAAAGCUACCUUCUAUUGCACUCGGUGAGAGAGCUGCUUCAACACCCCGAAGUCGUGCGACCAGAUCUUGCCCCGACUGCACUCAAGCUGUGGCAGGCACUACUCGUCGUAUCCGAGGAAGAAGAUAACCGUGCGGUUGGUGCCGAGUGCGUUGGUCGUCUAGCUUUGAUUGACCCCGUGAACUACAUUCCACACUUCCGGGAUUGUCUGAACAGCUCCGACCCUGUCGUCCGCGGUGUGGUUAUCUCCGCCUUCCGCUACACCCUUGCUGACUCCAGCGAUGCGUACAACGAUGUCCUGCGUCCGUCGAUGGUGCCUUUGCUCACCAACAUGCUGAGCGACAGCGACCUGGGUAACCAUCGUCUUGCGUUGACCACACUCAACUCCGCCAUCCACAACAAGAUGAACCUGCUCCUUCCACACCUGGGUGAGCUGUUGCCCGCUGUCUUUGGUGAUACCCAGAUCAAGCCCGAGUUGAUUCGCGAGGUGCAAAUGGGUCCGUUCAAGCACAAGGUCGACGACGGACUAGACCUGCGAAAGAGCGCCUACGAGACCCUUUACGCCUCCCUGGACACCACUUUUGCCCGCAGCCACAUUUCCGAGAUCUUUGAUCGUGUGAUCGCUGGUGUUGAAGACGAGCAAGACAUCCGUGCCAUUAGCAACCUGAUGACCUCCAAGCUGGUCAUCAUCGCUCCCCAGGAAACCGAACGCCGCCUUGAUGCGCUUUCCGAGCGCUACACCACCGUGCUUUCCUUCAAGCCCAAGGAGAAUGCCGUGAAGCAGGAGCUGGAGAAGGCACAGGAGGCUUCGCUUGGUAUCCUCAAGACCACCAAGGAGCUGAGCAAAGCCUUCCCUGGCGCGGAGGCCUCGAGUGAGCUGCACAAGUGGAAGGGGUACAUGGAGUGGGUCCGGAAGACUUUUGCAUCGCAGUGGCAAUCUCUUGACUCGGAGUUCUGA